AACUAUUUAGAGAAACAUUUGUAGCUCACUCCUCAACUUACUUUUCUUAAUAGAGUAAAUUUCCCAGCUUCUCUCUCUACAACUUCCAUUCUGUGGCUGUGAGCACGAGAAAAGCAAACCCAACAGCAUUCGCAACAAGAAUCCAACAAUGGCUCUGAAUCUCAACCCCGUUUCCACACCAUUUCAGUGUCGUCGAUUGCCGUCUUUCUCACCUCGUCAAACGCCUUCUCGCAGAUCUCCCAAAUUCUUCAUGGCUUCCACUCUCAGCAGCUCUUCUCCUAAGGAAGCGGAAAGCCUGAAGAAGCCUUUUAGCCCUCCACGUGAGGUGCAUGUGCAAGUAACACAUUCCAUGCCACAAGAAAAGAUAGAGAUAUUCAAGUCCCUGGAAGGUUGGGCGGAAGAGAAUCUCCUGGUCCAUUUGAAACCUGUUGAGAAAUGUUGGCAGCCUCAAGAUUAUCUUCCCGAUCCAGCUUCAGAGGAUUUUCGUGAUCAGGUCAAGGAGAUUCAAGAGAGGGCCAAGGAGAUUCCAGAUGAUCUGUAUGUGGUUUUGGUAGGGGAUAUGAUCACUGAAGAAGCUCUUCCAACCUACCAAACUAUGCUUAAUACCUUAGAUGGAGCCAAGGAUGAAACUGGUGCCAGUCCUACUUCAUGGGCUGUGUGGACAAGAGCAUGGACGGCUGAAGAAAAUAGGCAUGGUGAUCUUUUGAACAAAUACCUCUAUCUUUCUGGCCGUGUGGACAUGAGAUCAAUCGAGAAAACAAUCCAAUAUUUGAUUGGGUCAGGAAUGGAUCCUAGGACUGAAAACAAUCCUUAUCUUGGUUUUGUGUACACAUCGUUUCAAGAAAGGGCGACCUUUGUUUCCCAUGGAAACAGUGCAAGGCUUGCCAAAGAGCAUGGGGAUCUGAAGAUGGCACAGAUAUGUGGCAUAAUUGCUUCAGAUGAGAAGCGGCAUGAAACUGCUUACACUAAAAUAGUGGAGAAACUCUUUGAAAUAGACCCUGAUGCUACGGUUCUUGCUUUUGCUGACAUGAUGAAGAAGAAGAUCUCUAUGCCAGCACACCUAAUGUACGAUGGUCGUGAUGACAAUUUGUUUGAUCAUUUUUCUGCUGUUGCUCAACGGCUUGGAGUCUACACCGCAAAGGAUUACGCUGACAUAUUGGAAUUUUUGGUGGGCCGUUGGGAGGUUGAGAAGCUUACAGGGCUGUCAUCAGAGGGACAAAAAGCUCAGGACUAUGUAUGCAGUUUACCCCCAAGAAUCAGAAGGCUCGAAGAGAGGGCUCGUGAGAGAGCCAAGCAAGCACCUUCUAUGCCUUUCAGUUGGAUCUUUGAUAGACAAGUAAAGCUUUGAGUUCUUACUGUCUCAACUUAUCGAUUCAAGAUUCAAGAUUCAAGAUUCAAGAUUCAAGAUUAGCACUCCCCUUAUAAACAGAAGAGUGGGUUAUUAGAGGUACAUUUUCUUUCAUGCUGAUCCGGUAGGGUGUGCCUCGAAAGUGAAAAUUGUUUUGAGGGUAACUGGCUGCUUGUAGAUACGUUUCUUUCUUUCUUUCUUUACCUUGAAAUCCUUCAUAUGAUUGGGGGUUAUUAGACGUCUGUUUUCAACUUCAAAUGGAAUUAUAGGUCUUAUUGUAUUUGUUCUCUAGUCUUUUGUUUCUUAAUAAGUCUAAUAUACCCAAUUUUGAAUGUGAUUGUUCUAUACUUGUGUUGUUAGUGACUGUUAUUGUGUACUUGAAACAUACUCCAUAAUAUAAACUUAUACCAUAAUCUAAAUGUGAUGAUUCCAUUGUGCUUAA